AUUUCAUUUCUGUACCAUCUUUUCUAAUUAGCGGCAGUGACUCUCACUCUCUCUCUUUCUCUUUCUCUCUCUCCUCUCUCUGAUACGAUUUCUGUGACGUUGCUCAGUUCGCCAUUAAUGGAUUCCAUGGAUCCUACUAGAGCUUUUGUCAAGAAUGUUAAGCGUCUGGUUGUUAAGGUGGGAACAGCUGUGGUUACUCGAGGAGAUGGAAGAUUAGCAUUGGGAAGACUUGGGGCUCUGUGUGAGCAGCUUAAAGAGUUGAAUUCUCAAGACUACGACGUUAUUUUAGUGACUUCAGGAGCUGUUGGUCUUGGACGCCAAAGGCUUAAAUACAGGAGAUUGGCCAAUACCAGUUUUGCUGAUCUCCAAUAUUUACAAGGCGAGUUUGAUGAUGGAAAAGCUUGUGCAGCUGUUGGGCAGGGUAGUCUCAUGGCUCUGUAUGAUACCAUGUUCAGCCAGCUUGAUGUCACCUCGUCUCAACUUCUUGUCACAGAUGGUGUUUUCAGAGAUCGAGCCUUCAAGAAGCAACUUACUGAUACGGUGAAUUCCUUGGUAUCUCUGAGGGUUAUACCUAUUUUCAAUGAAAAUGAUGCUGUCAGCACUAGAAGAGAACCCUUAAUGGAUUCUUCUGGUAUAUUUUGGGAUAAUGACAGCUUGGCUGGCCUGUUAGCUCAGGAACUAAAUGCUGACCUUCUUGUGCUGUUAAGUGAUGUUGAGGGACUGUACAAUGGUCCUCCAAAUGACCCCAAGUCGAAGUUAAUUCAUACUUAUGUCAAAGAGAAACAUCAAGACGAAAUAACAUUUGGAGACAAGUCAAGGUUGGGCAGAGGUGGUAUGACCGCUAAAGUCAAUGCUGCUGUUAGUGCAGCUGAUGCUGGCAUACCUGUUGUUAUUACUAGUGGCUUUGCCGCAGACAAUAUCAUCAAAGUUCUCCAAGGAAAGCGUAUUGGUACUGUAUUUCAUCAAGAUGCACAUUUAUGGCCUGUUGUUAAAGAAGUUUGUGCACGAGAAAUGGCAGUUGCAGCAAGGGAAUGUUCAACGCGGCUUCAAGCCUUGGGAUCUCAAGAGAGGAGGAAGAUUUUGCUUGACAUAGCUGAUUCACUGGAAGCAAAAGAAAAUUUGAUUAAAGCUGAGAAUCAAGCUGAUAUUGCUGCUGCAAUUGAGGCUGGAAAGGACAAGACCGUACUUUCUCGUUUGGCCUUGAAGGCCGGAAAGAUAUCUAGUCUUGCAAGAUCUGUGCGUAAACUCGCUGACAUGGAAGAGCCUAUUGGUCAAGUUGCGGAGAGAUCAGAGCUGGCAGAUGGAGUUAUCUUAGAGAAAGUCUCCUGUCCUUUGGGUGUUCUAUUGGUUGUUUAUGAGUCUCGACCUGAUGCCUUAGUUCAGAUUGCUUCAUUAGCAAUUCGCACUGGCAAUGGUUUACUGCUUAAAGGUGAAACAGACGCCAAGAGAUCGAAUGCAAUCUUUCACAAGGUAAUCACUUCAGCAAUCCCAAGUACAGUUGGUGACGACCUUAUUGGACUUGUGACCUCAAGAGAGGAAAUUCCUGAUCUUCUCAAGCUCGAAGAUGUGAUAGAUCUAGUGAUCCCUAGGGGCAAUAAAAACCUUGUUUCUCAAAUCAAGGAAUCAACAAAUAUCCCUGUUCUUGGUCAUACUGGUGGAGUUUGCCAUGUUUAUAUUGAUAAGUCGGCUAAUUUGGAUAUGGCGAGGAGCAUUGUUCUUGAUGCAAAGAUCAAAUAUGCUGAUACAUCUAAUAUAGUGAAAAAGCUUCUUGUACACAAGGAUGUGUCAAGUAGUGGAAAAUUAAGUGAACUCGUUGCAGAACUCCAAGUUAAAGGCGUUUCAAUGUAUGGUGGUCCUAAAGCAAGCACCUUGUUUAGUAUUGCUGAGGCUAGCCCUUUCCAUCUUGAGUACGAUAAGGUGGCUUGCACAGUCGAAAUUGUUGAGGAUAUUUAUGCUGCCAUUGACCAUAUUCGUCAAAAUGGGAGCUCUCAUUCUGAUUCUAUUGUCGCAGAAGACGAAGAAGCUGCUGAACUUUUCCUCAAUAAAGUAAACAGCCCUGGGGUAUGCCAUAAUGGAAGCACAGUGUCCUGUAAUGGAGGAAGCUCUGAAAUUGAUGCUAAGGUUGAAAUAAAUUCGAAUGGGAUUCACAUUCGAGAUCCUGUUGGAGUAGAAGGAUUGCUAACAACACAAUGGGUAAUGAGAGGGAAUGGGAAGGUGGCAUCUGGUCAUAAAGGGAUCAACCACGUCCAAAAAGCGCUUCCUAUGAAAGCUUAAGUUGUAAAAAAAGUGCUUAUCCUAUAUUUUAAAUGCAACUACUAAGAAGUGAGAUCCAAUACAUUGUAGUAUUUGACCUUUUUUCUUCUUUUUCUGAUAAACUAGUUUCCCUGUUUUGGUCCCCUUGCCAUUUUUUACCUUGAUCAAGGGGACACAAUAUUAUGCGGUAUGCACUAGUGUCUAGUACUACAUCAACAAUAAUAUGCUAAAGUAGUGUUUUAUUUUA